UAUGUUCUUAAUUUUAUCUUAGGAGGAUCAUCCCCUUUAUGAAAGAAGAUUUCCCUUAAAAAAAACUACUUUAGGUAGUUAGUAAGUACUAAAUGCAUAAUUUAUUCUACAUGCUGCCUUAGAUGUAUUUGAUGAAAAAUAUAAAUCGUCUAAAGAAUUGUAUACAAUAAUAAUUAAAAAGAUUUCUUAAAGAGAUUGAUUAAAAAUAAGACUAUAGAGUAUAUGGCUAUGUUACACCAUCGAAUAUAAGAUUUUUAGUAUUGACUGAUCAAGAUGAAGAACGUGUGAAAAUAUUUUGUUAAUUAGCUCAUGAAUAAUUAAUAAAGAUCUUAAUGAACCCAUUAUAUUAAUUGGGAACAUAAAUUACAUCUCCAAGUUUUGAGUCUGUAAUUUAAUAAUUGUUGUAGAAUAGAUUAAACUAAUGA